AUGCCCACUACCCACGUCGCUCCCGAGUCCCAGGACGAGCUCAGGGACAUUGCCAACGGGCUUCUAAAGGCGCGCAAGGUCAUAGUCGUCACUGGUGCUGGUAUCAGCACGAAUUCCGGCAUUCCUGUGAGCUUUCUCGAUUAG